GACGAGGUUGAGAUUAAGAAAUGUUGUGUGCUUCCUGUUUUUUUUAAAUCUAUUUUCUGGGUUUUGCGUUUGGAGACUGGUUGCGAGGGUUUAAGGGUUUUAGGUGUCAAAAUUCUUCCUUUUAAGAAGAUGGUUGGCUUGUUCUUGUUUAAGUCACAUAAUGUCACAAGAGAUUUGGAAGUUAAGCAACGGAACAAGGCAAAGCUAAAGAAAAGAGAGAAGCAAGUUUGGCACUCGUUAAGUUUCAAUACUUGCAUUAGGAAAGUUCAAAUUUUGCACUGCAGUUUGGCUAAUCAUGAUGAUUGCUCACUGGAGGAACCACAGAACUGGCGUUAACUGAUCAAUGGUUGCAGCAUUGUUUUUCAACUUACUUUUAGAAGGGAAGGACUCUUCUUUUUCUGGCUACGAAGGUUAAUUCAAACAUUUUCUACUGGAUAACAAGACUCCAUUAACAGCAAAAUUUGUUCUUAUGAAAUUCAUCUCUUUGACAUUCAGUUAUGCUAAUCUACCUAUUCCAUUAUGGAGUUCUCUCAAAUUUAAAAGGGAAGAGAGGGUUAGGGAUGAAAACUUCUCUUUUUCUUGUUAAUAUCGCAUUCGUCCCCAUUACUUAUUUUUGUCCAUGUCUGGGGAUUUCAUUCACUUCUUUUCUUCAAAAAAAUCUAGUCUCAUUUAUGUUAAAAUGGUAAUCUCACUCCUUUGGUCCUUUACCACGCAGAACCCAAAUGUCCUACCUUUUCUACAAAAUCCCAAUGUAAUUAUUUCUGAUCCCCUUUUACUUAGUAUAGGACAGCAUUUAUAAUUUUUUUUUUCUUAUAAAAUUUUCAAAAAGUGAAAGAGUGUUGAAGUCUGGAAACGACAUGGAAUUAUUUUCAAUUGUUUCUAAGGCACCAACCAGCCGAUUUUUGUUUCUGUAUUCGGUCUUAAUUUGAGAAAUAGUAGGUUGUUUCUGCUGCUUUAUCAGUGUAUCUAAACUCAUCAUGUUUCCUCCCAAAUCUGUACUUUAUGUCAGCUUUAGUAAAUUUGCCUUACUUUCUGCUUAUCCCAUUUAUUUUAUUUAAACUUCUAAUUUCUAACUGUUCCAGUACUAAUUUAUAUGCAAUCAAUUGAGGAUAUUAUCAAUGGGGCAUUGCACUGCUGAGGGAUCCUAAGUUCCUUGUUUUGGAACUGAAAAUUCAGCUCAUUUUUUGAUAAUGGGAGAUCUUCAAGGGAGUUUGCCUCCUUGCUCCGCUUCCACCUUUUCCUCCUCUUCACUUAAUCUAUGCCCAUUAUCAAUUGAUCCAGAACUGUGGCUAAUGGCUGAGCAAAGGAUCCAAGAGAUACUUCGGAUUAUUCAACCUACUUUGGCUUCUGAGCAGAAGAGGAAGGAGGUCAUUGAUUAUAUCCGGAGAUUAAUUAAGGGUUAUUAUGCAACUGAGGUCUUUCCAUCUGGUUCAGUGCCACUGAAAACUUAUCUUCCUGAUGGAGAUAUUGAUCUAACUGUCCUCAGCUAUCAAAACAUGGAAGAAGAUUUGGCUAGAGAAGUCUACAACAUGCUCAAAUAUGAAGAGCAGCACCCUAUGUCUGAAGUAAAAGAUGUCCAGUAUAUUCAAGCACAGGUUAAGAUCAUAAAAUGUUCCAUGAGGAAUAUACCAGUUGAUAUCUCUUUUAAUCAAAUGGAAGGGCUCUGCACUCUUUGCUUUCUGGAGCAGAUUGACUGGCUUAUCGGGAAGGAUCAUCUUCUCAAGCAUAGUAUUAUUUUGAUAAAAUCCUGGUGUUUUUAUGAGAGCCGAAUUCUUGGGGCUUACCAUGGUUUGAUCGCAACGUAUGCAUUAGAAAUAUUGGUGUUGUGUAUCAUCAACAUGUUCCAUUCAUCAUUACCUGGUCCUUUAGCAGUAUUAUAUAGAUUUUUGGACUACUACAGCACUUUUGAUUGGGAAAAUUAUUGCGUCAGCAUUAGUGGUCCUGUUAAGAUAUCAUCCCUUCCAGAGAUUGUGGCUAACUCACAAGAUAAUAAUGGGAAUGAGCUAUUGAUCAGUCCGGAGUUCAUAAGGAACUGCAAAGAGAAAUUUUCAGUUCCAAUAAGAGCAGUUGAGAGUGGGGGCCAUGAAUUUCCUAUUAAGUAUCUCAACAUAUUGGAUCCUUUAAAAAAUGGGAACAACCUAGGGCGUAGUGUCAGCAAAGGCAAUUUUCAUCGUAUAAAAUGUGCCCUUGCCUAUGGGUAUCAGAGGCUUGGAGAAAUCCUUGUGUUACCAGGAGUAAGCAUGGGUGCAAAACUGGAGAAUUUUUUCAGAAAUACUAUGGAUCGAAGUGGGAGGGGAGAAAGGCCAGAUGUACAAGUUCCUGUACCUGCAUUUGGCACUGGAAGAUCUGAGGCAUUUGAUCUCAGUGGAGACUAUGAGGAUUGCUACAGUGGUCUAAUAAUGGGCCAGUGGUAUCAUAAUUAUUCACUUCAUUUACCCACUCAGAUCAGUCCCCCGUCAUCACCUUCUGAAUUCCAGCAGACAAGUACUGGGGAUACGCUGUCUCAAUUUCUGCAAUGCAAGCAGCAUGUCUUUCCUCAAAGAGGCACAACUUUAUUUGCCCCAGUAGUGCCAAUCUUGCACCCUUAUCUGUCAAAGAUAUGUGCCACUACUUCUGUCAUUGAUGAAAUGGGGAAGUCACGAGGAACGGGCACAUACAUCCCUGAUGUGAGGCAUCAUCCUUACAAAGAUUUGCUAUCAUGGAUGAGGGUGAGGAAUCCAGAUUCUCCAACUCAUAGACGAUUAAAAUCACCUCGAAAGGCUGAAGAAGUUGGGGAUGACCCACAGGGAAAGGGCGACAACGGUUGCUGCCUUGAUCUUUCUCCAGAUUCAUUCAAACCAGGCACAGAAAAGAGUGAGAAUAGUAGCAGGCUGAAUCUUUCACUGGAUCAAUUUCCUCUUCUUCCCUGCCAUAAUAAAUUCGUGUCGUUGGAAAUCAGCGAGUCCUGUCAGCCAAUGUCGAAAUCCCCACAGGUUAAGGAAUGCUCUUCCUCAACGGGUAUUCAAUUUGGGAGUUUCAGACAGCCAAAAUUGCCAGUGGCACAACCCUCAUCAGUCAGUGCAAAAGCAACCGGAUUCUGGAGUUCCAACCACUUUGGAGAUGAUGCAGGCUAUCCCUAGAGUGGGAGUGCUGAAGCAACAAGAACCAUUAGAGACUGAUAAGGGAUUCUAAGACAAGAAAUACAAUCAGAACAUUAGGGAAAACGGCUAUAGGUAGAAGGAUGGAACCAGCAGUAAAUUAGAAAGACUGGUGCACUAUCCUGACAUAUAUCAUUAGCUGAGUAGCAACACCCCUUUGUUGGAGGCUUUUAUAUACAACAUUGAUUCUGUUUUUUGGUUUUCCCCCUUCUCCAAAGCAAAAUACAGAAAGUAUAGAGCAUAACUCUUGGAUGGCUUUUGUCAACCUUUUCACCCUUUUUGGGCGAUUAUAUGUAGGAAAGAUGUUUUAAAUGCAAUUUUCUCGAUGGCAUUUUUAUUCCCUGCCAAGCCCAGUUCUCAAAAGCAUUUUAAGUUAAUGCAAAGUUAUUCCCUUCCAGCUCAGAAGAGUAAAUGUGACUAGUACUGCUUUCUUCUUUAAAUAUAGUAAAGCUUUUCAGA